GUUAAGUAUCGAACUAAAGCAAUAACGAAUUACAUACAUAAUUGAAAUAUCGCCAUUAAUUUUCAAUCUAUAGGCAAUGUAUCCUAUUAUUUUCUCGGUCAUUAGAACAACUAAUUAGAAAAUGCUUAAACAAAUUACACCAUUUUUUGUAGAUAUAAGAAAACGAUACAUUCGGAGAACGUUUAUUGUUUUCAGUUUUGGUUUUGGUGAGAUCGGUGAAAAAUGGCGCGUUGUUUUGAAAUAAUUGCAAUGUUAAAAAACAAUGGUAAUUUUUACGAAACUAUUUUUCUAGCUCGCUGGAGUAUGAAACUGUUAGGUCUUUGGCCAGAAAAAGAUUUAUACGCGUCUAUAAAAUCAUUCCUCAUUUUUUUAAUGUUCAGCAUCAUGUUUAUCCCUUCAUUUCUUUAUAUAAAAAAAGGUGAAAGUAUACCGGUAGACAUUAUUUUGAUGAUGGUUUACAGUGUUCCAACUAUCACAAGAUUCUUAUUCGCUAAACUAAAUAGUAAAAGCUACAAAAUAAUUAUCAAACGUAUGAUCGAUGAUUGGAACGAUUUUUCUGAUUUAUCGGAAACCAAUAAGAAGAUUCUACUUCAUCACGCAAAAAUAGCAAGACGUAUUAACAUAAUUCAUACACUUUGCAUAGUGCUAACGUAUUUUAGUAAGAAAAAAAAAUGUAUUGUACAAUUUUUUUUUAAACUUAGCCCCUUAAUAAUAAAAAUUAUUUAUUAUUUAGUUUUUAUACUUACGCCGAUCUACAACGGGCAUAUCGUUAAUAUUAAUUCGUAUUUAAAUGUAACGAUAAGAAAAUUACCCUUCGAAGGAUGGUUUCCAUUCGAUGAAAAACAAACGCCUGUUUUCGAAAUAAUUUAUAUGAUCCAAUUAAUGCAAAACUUUUUUAUCAUGUGCGUGAACUUUUCAACGGAUUCUUUUUUAUGUACUGCGGUCCUUCAUGCGUGCGGACAACUCGCAAUAUUGUCCAACGUUAUACGAAACACUGUUGCUCUUGGUAUAGAUGGAUAUUUGCUUAUUAUAGUAAGUUAUGGAAAAAAUGAUUAA